GAGAGAGAUGGAGAAUGGCUCAACCAAGAAAAAGAAAUGGGCGUUCCAGGGAAACCCUGAGCUGAACACUGCGUCCGAAAUAACCAUUAGAGCCGUUCUUGCUAUGCUCAAGACGCAUCUCAACCAAUCUGACAGCAGACCCGUCAUCCCUCUGGGCCAUGGCGACCCUUCUUCUUUCUCCUGCUUCCGUACUUCCCCGAUUGCAGAAGAUGCCAUUGCCAAUGCUCUCCGUUCUGCUAAAUUCACCGGUUAUUCCCCUACUGUUGGCGUUCUUCCUGCUAGAAGGGCAGUAGCAGAAUACCUUUCUCAAGAUCUUCCAAACAGGAUAUCACCGGAUGAUGUAUUCUUGACGGUAGGUUGCACACAAGCUAUUCAAACCAUAAUAACAGUGCUUGCCGAUUCCAAAGCAAACAUUCUACUCCCCAAACCAGGUUAUCCGUAUUAUGAAGCUUUUGCACAAUCAUGCCAUUUGGAAGUCCGUCACUUUGACCUUCUUCCAGAUAAAGACUGGGAAGUUGAUCUUGUUGCAGUCGAAGCUCUUGCAGAUGAAAACACAGCUGCCAUGGUUAUAAUUAACCCUGGAAAUCCCUGUGGGAAUGUUUUCACAUUCCAACAUCUACAAAAGGUUGCCGAGACUGCCAGGAAGCUUGGGAUAUUAGUGAUUGCUGAUGAAGUUUAUGGGCAUAUUGCUUUCGGGAAAAACCCUUUUGUUCCAAUGGGAGUCUUUGGAUCAAUUACCCCUGUCAUUACACUUGGUUCUAUAUCAAAAAGGUGGAUUGUUCCUGGUUGGCGACUCGGAUGGCUUAUCAUCAAUGAUCCUAAUGGCGUCCUUAAGAAACACAGGAUCAUUGAAUGCAUUACACAGUAUCUCAAUAUAUCAUCUGACCCUCCAACGUUUAUUCAGGGUGCGGUUCCUGAUAUCCUUGGGAAAACCAAAGAAGAUUUCUUUUUAAAAAUCAUAAAUACAAUUAAAGAAGCUGCAAAUUCUUGUUACGAGGGAAUUCAAGACAUCCCUGGUGUCAUUUGCCCAAGCGAGCCUGAAGGAUCGAUGUUUGUUAUGGUGAAAUUAGAUCUAUCUAUCCUGGAGAACAUCAAGGAUGAUUUGGACUUCUGUGUCAAGCUUGCCAAAGAAGAAUCGAUUAUCAUCCUACCAGGUAUAAGUGUAGGACUCAAGAAUUGGCUUCGUCUAACAUUUGCUAUCGAGCCAUCAUCUCUUGAAGAUGGCAUCAAGAGGAUUAAAGCUUUUUGCAGAAGGCACUCCAAGAAAGCAUAGUGUCAAACUGUCAAUCGCUGGCAGGUUCAUCUCUGGCGAUUUCCCAAGGCUUCAAAGAAGGAAACUUUCUGGAUCAUCAACUGCUUGUUGGAUUAUAUACUAUUUCUUGAACAGGUCCUCUAGAAGAAUAUUGCAUUGUCUUCUAUUUCAUAUGUAACAUUAUGUAUCUGGACGUUGUGUACGUUUAGUUUGCAUGAACCUUAUGAUCUUGAACUGCAUGAUUAUCAUAAGCAUGCGUAGUAAGUAUCUUGCAUUAAGUGAACAUUACCUCAAGA